GGGGUGUCACUUUCGGCGGGUGAUUGGGGGCAUAAGGGACAGCACUGUGGCAGGCACAUGAGGGAGGCUGAGGUUUGGAUGAUUGGAGAGUGUAUGUAUCUAGAUGAGAAGUGAAUAAGGCAGGUGAAAGGAGAGGAUUGCCAUGUGUUAUUUCCUGGAGUGUGAAUGUUUGUGGAGCAUGACCAUUGAUGUCUGGGUGGGUUAGGAUGGGUUGUUGUGCGGUGCAGGUUGUGACUGAUGUCAGAGACUAGUUGUUGAAAGUUGGGGAUGUGUGAAAGUUGGUAACUUUUUUACUGGAUGUUGGGCAUUCAUUUGUCACUUGACAUUAAGUUGUCUGUGACCAACUAGUAGUUUUUAUGGUUGCCAUUACUGCAGCUAACGUUUUAUUCCAGAUAUUUUAUGGGAGUUCUUUCAGAGAGAUUCAACACCACUUUGCCAUGCAAGUAGGCCGUAACUGAUCUGACUUAUUUCAGCUCUACAUCCAGUCCAUCAUAGUUUACUGUUUACUUUCUUGCUUAUCAAGCUAUCAUUGUCUGCCUUAAGUAUACAUUGACUGAACUUCCCUUUAUGAAGUUUCCCUUAAGAUUAGUAAAAGGGAGGGGAAAUACAUUUGUCUUAAAUGGCCAUCAUUUUAUUUCAUAGACUGAUACUAAGUUUUCAAUUCUUCCACAUUGCAAUGUAGAUGGGCAAUAAAUGCUGCUCUUGCCAGUGACCUCUGACUUUCUAAGUUGGGAUGGAGUAGCCCAGGUUUACUUGGAUGGCACAGCGAUGUAGCAGUUACCAUUGCUGCCCCAUUUCCAGUGAACAUUGAUUCUCACCUUGUGUGGUGUUUUAUAUUCUCUACAUUAGUAGCCUCCAACCUUGGCCUUAGUGAAAGGCAAGAUCGACCUACUAAAUCGGUUAAUCACGGGCAUACACACCAGACAGAAAAAACUGGAAGUAAAACCCCGCAACCCAGAAACAACCUCUCUUUACAAACAGCUUUCCAUAGUGGGAGUAUUGCUAUAUUACCAUUAUCAUAUUUAGUGUUACUUAUUUUUAUAAUGCUCCCAUUACAACACCUUUAAUUCAAUGCUUCAUUAUUUAAUUUUAUUUCAACACAAAAAAUAAAUGAAUAAAAAUUGACUUGCACUCAGUGUGAUGACUGGGGCUGAGUACUUUCUCCUAGCUCCCUAGGGUUGCCAACUGUCCCGUGUUAGCCAGGACAUCCCAUAUAUAGGGCUAAAUUGGUUUGUCCCAUAUUUUCCCCCGCUAAGGUAGAGCGUUCCUAUGAACCCUUUCUUAAGCCGAAAUGGCAUAAAGCAAAGAAGCAAUUGCCAUUAAUUUAUACGGGAAAAAUUUUUGAGUGUUCCCAGACCCAAAAAAUAACCUACCAAAUCAUACCAAAUAACACCUAAAAUCUAAAAUAACAUGAGCAUAUAGUAAAAGCAGGAAUGAUGUGAUAAAUAUAGUCUAUAUAAAGUAGAAAUAAUGUAUGUACAGUGUGUAGUUUCACUAAACAGAAUUGGUAGGAUUAAGCCACAACCGAUUCGUAGAAAAAAAUCGGCACGUACAUGCAUGAGCACACGUGCCCACGCAAGGCGUCAUGGUAGUCUUUCUCAGAGUCUCGUAUUUCUCAAGUGUCUCGUAUUUGACUGCUACUUUUGUCCCUUAUUUGGGAGUGAGAAAGUUGGCUCAUAACUACAGACAGCCAGUUUGAGACAAUCUUAGAGGUGUUUGUCAGUAAGACAGCUCCUGUACUUAGAUUUAAUAAUUUUCAUCUGUUGCAGAACAGCGCCCUUGCAAACCUCCUGACAGACUGAAUAUUUGAAUGGACACUUUCCUUUGUUAGACUGAAUGUUGAAUCUGUCAUGUUUUUCAGGUGUUUUGUAUUGGUAAACUUACUGAGAUACUAAUAUAAGUUUCAGAGGGAUUAAAGAAAAGCCAUUAGCCUAUGCCUCUGUCCGUAAUUGAUGGGAAAAGUAAUGGGUAUCUUGAAGGGCAGAUACAAACAAAAUGGCAAGUGAAAAUCACAGCAGCCCUCAACCAGGGGAUCCCACAACAAUGAUCCGUCCAGCAAGUACUUCUGACCAAGGACAGCCCUCAUCGCCAAAGGCUGGCAAACCUUUGGUGCAGGAUCUGCCAGAUGAGCUGGUGCAGGCAGGAUGGUCAAAGUGUUGGAGUAGGAGAGAAAACAGGCCAUAUUACUUCAAUAAGUUUACCAAUCAGUCACUGUGGGAAAUGCCUGUGUUUGGACAGCAUGACAUCAUUUCUGAUCCUCUUGGGUUAAAUGCAACUGUAGAAUUGGCUGAAGGCGAUUCCGUACCUGAAAAUUCACAAAGGAAGCGGCGACAUUCUGAGGAUACCCAGCAGCAAUCAACAAAUAGCUUCAAAAAACCCCGAACAGAUGCCUCCUUCACUCCUACAACUCCGACAAUUCCUAUUUCACCGGUCGCUUCUGGUGUUUCAAGUACACCUCUAUCCCGAAGUGCAUCCAAGUCAACUGAUGAUAAACCACAGCCUCCACCAUCAUCGUUGUCAUUGGCACAAGGGGCAUCGGCGUCUUCAGCGUCCUCGUCAUCAGCUGUUCUUGCACCUGUACAUAUCCGUCCAACAGCUGUUUACUGGGACCUUGAAAUUCCAACUAAUGCAGUGAUUAAGGAGCUUGCUCCAAUUGAGAUGUUUCCACCACAUCCAGAUGUGGAAGUACUACGAGCACAACUGACAGUAAAACUGAGACAACACUACCAGGAGCUGUGUCAACAGAGAGAAGGGAUUGAUCCACCUCGUGAUUCAUUUAACCGCUGGCUUUUGGAACGCAAGGCAAUUGACAAGGGCAAGGAUCCUUUGCUGCCGAGUGAUUGUGAUCCUGUCGUGUCACCUUCCAUGUUCCGAGAAGUAAUGAAUGACAUUCCUAUUAGAUUGUCUCGUAUUAAAUACAGGGAGGAAGCUCGAAGAUUGCUUUUUAAAUACGCAGAGUCGGCAAAGCGGAUGAUUGAAUCCAGGAACGCUACACCAGAUAUCAGGAAAACUGUGAAGUGGAACGUUGAAGAUACUUUCAACUGGUUACGAAAGGAACCAUCUGCUACAAAAGAAGAUUAUAUGGAGAGGCUUGAACAUUUGCGGAAACAAUGUGGACCCCAUGUGGCAGCAGUGGCUAAAGAUUCAGUGGAAGCAAUCUGCGGGAAGAUAUAUUACAUAUCUAGUGAAUAUGCGAAGCGAGUCCGAGAGAAGCAUUUAGCAGUACUCCGUGAGUGCAACAUCUCAGAAGAGUUGGAAAAGCCGGAAGUAAUGGACAGGUUGGUGUACUGUUACCCUUCGAGGCUUGUGUACCCUACAAUUCCACUCCCACGUGUUGAAAUGCACUUUGAGAAUGAUUUGGCCUGUGUACGUUAUAAAGGAGAAGUUAGGAAAAUCAACCGGAACUACUUAAGUAAACUGGAACAGUUGUAUAGGUACAGUUGUAUUGAUGACCCACGAUUUGAAAAGUUCUUGGCAAGGGUCUGGUGUUUACUCAGGCGAUAUCAGUCCAUGUUUGGUCUUGGAAUACAUGAAGGUACUGGCUUGCAAGGGGCUUUACCAGUAGCUGUAUUUGAAGCAUUGAAUAAACAGUUUGGUGUGACGUUUGAGUGCUUUGCCUCACCACUGAACUGUUACUUCAGACAAUACUGCUCUGCGUUCCCUGAUACUGAUGGCUACUUUGGUUCUAGGGGCUCAUUCUUGACUUUCUCACCAGUCAGCGGCUCCUUUGAAGCAAAUCCUCCGUUUGGUGAAGAGCUGAUGGACAGUAUGGUCACACAUAUGGAGAAUCUGCUUAGGAGUUCAAGCGAGCCUCUGUCAUUCACUGUGUUCAUCCCAGAAUGGAGAAACCCUCCAACACCAGCUCUGGUCCGGAUGGAGGAAAGCAAGUUUAAGCGCCACCAAAUCCUAGUCCCAGCUUAUGAGCAUGAGUACAGAAGUGGAGCUCAACACAUCUGCAAAAAGGAAGACAUCUAUUAUAAAGCUGUGCACUCCACAGCUCUCAUCUUCCUGCAGAAUGAUGCUGGCUUUGCAAAAUGGGGGCCUAUUCCAGAGCGGGUCCAGGAGUUAAUGGCAGCUUAUAAAAUGACAGGGAAGUCAUCAUCUUCCUCAUCCUCCUCUGUGGCAUCUGGUGAAAAAGACCAGGAACAGAAUUGGGACCAUAGCAGCAACACCGAGCACCACUGAACUGUGAUUGAUAAAGAGAGCACAUAGAGCUAAUGCUCUAUGUUAUUUUAAACAGACUGACUUGAAACAAGCUGCAGAACUAUUGUCAUCACCAGCAAGAAAUGUAGAUAUGUACAGUGUUACUAAGCAGAACUACAGUUCUGUAUUCUUACUGUUUUGUUUGUUGCUUUUAUUUUUACCAAGGUAUGUAGGAGAGAGAAACAGAAUGUGUCUUGUGUAAUAUAUUCUAUGAAAAUAUUUCUUAACGGAAUACUGUGUCAGUUUUAUCAGCUUUUUUUUUAUUUUUUUGAGAUUAUGCAAUUCUGUCUAAUUUUUGUAAACUUUGCAAAUAGUGGCUGUAGACAUUCUCCAUUUUAAUGCCGUGUGUAUAGGAAUUUCUUUAUAUUGCUGAGAAUUAAGUUUAAAUGUACAAAGUGAUGGAUAGGAAUUCAUUGGUGUCCUUUUAAGAAGUAUUGCUUCUUGUUGACCUAUGUAGACGAUCUCUGAAUUGUUCAAAGACAACUUCAUGCACUUGAGUGUGCAAAUGUAUGUCAUCUAGUGUGUACUGUCCAUCUUUGCAUUUAAUCCUUCACUGACGCAGUGGAACAUGAUGAACUCAUGAAGGGAAACCUUGAAAACUACAGGAAGAGAAGAAAGAGAUGGGAUGAGAGCUCAGAGCCCUAUUGUAAAAGCUUUCUUUCAUAAAGAUUGUGGAGACUUGCAUUGUGCACUCAGUCAGCAUGGUUAGUUUCCCACAUGUGCAGCAUGCUGUGGAUAUGGAGUUUUGGAUAGAAUGCAAGGGAGCUCUGUACUUUCAGUCAGCGCUCAGCUUCAAGUGACUGGAACUCAAUGUUCUUCUUCUUUGGGCCACCCAGUGAAGGGUUAAAUACAGGAAUGAUUUGUCUAGAAGUGUUUAACAAGAUAUCCUGUCACAGAGUAACUGAGAUUAUAAGAUAUUGCUGUCCAUGCAUUGUCUCAACCACAGCACUUAUCCCCAGCACAGCCAGGUCACCAGAGAUACUCAUUCUCCACUUUUUCAGCUUCUGACAGAAGGUUCACAUAGCCACAGAAUGGUGGAGAAAUGGUGGUUACCUCAUAACAUUUAGUUCAUGCAUAGUACUCCUUUGAUUCAGCUGCACUAGGGAUUUGGUUAAUACGUCACACAACUGAAGUCUAGGUUUGAAACACAUCUGAACUUGAAUGCAGGCAAGUGAGGGAACCUGGCUGAUCUGGGCAAGGGUGCAUUCUAAGUAUUGUAUGACAGUAUUACUGUAACAGUACACAGCAUCAGGUUGGAUAAGCAGCUUCCUACUACAAAACUUUAAAACAGCAACUGUGCAAAGUGAAGCGUUGAGUGUGAUUGUAAUUAUUGCUUUUUGGGGACAACUAAAAAUGAGUUAAUUGCUAGAGAAAAAAAAAAUUAAUAUAUAAAUAUAUAAGCAAGGUGAAUGUGGUCAGCCUGUCAACCCUCUUAUGAACCUUUGUCAGGAGAGUCACAAAUUGUGUGGAAGUCUUUUUGUGUAGGACCUGCCCUGAUCUGUUGAGUAUUUCCAGAUUGUUUAAAAAUUUUCAGUUUUGUGCUUUUUGAUAAAAUACAGCUUAUUCUCAGAAACCUGGUAUAGAAUGGUCCAUGAUGUAACCCCUGUGAAAUCAAAAUACUAGAUGCAGGAAAUCAGAAUCAUGCUGAAAUACUCAGCAGUUCAGGCGGCAUCCAUGGAGAGAGGAACAGUUGAUGUUUCAGACUGGAAACUUUUCAAGAGAACCUAUGAACCUGAAACUGAUUUCCUCUGUGUCUGACCCACAGUUUCCAGCAAUCUCUGUUUCUUGCAUCCUUUCUGUCAUUUUAAAUUGUGGCUCCUUGUUUGAUACUAUUUCAACAUGAGAUCAUCCAGAUAUCCUGUGCCCCACAUUUCCCUAUUGUUUUGUUCUUUGCUGAUCUGUCACCUUGUACUCUUGUGCUAUUCUGCCACCUGGUGUUGCCCAUGUUUGUUCCUUCCCUGUGAUGUCUGUCAUUCAGUGCUUCUGUGUUGUCCUAUUGACUCCUAAUUCUCUGUUACCCCAUGGCACAUUGCUUGUGGUUCAAUCGUUCUUUUCAUAUGAUGUCAGCAUAAUUUUCACAUAAAGGAAUUCUUCAAUGAUGUUCCUUCAUUAAAUUCAUAAAUUAAUAAAGUGGAUUAUAUAAAACUAGCAAGUUUGAUAAGGAAAAAUGAAGUUUAGGGUUUUGACAAACUCUAGCUUGAGUAUAACAUGUCAGAUUCUUCAAAUCCUUCAACUAUGGCAAUGUCUUGCACCAUUGUCCACAUGGUUUGAGUUUUGCACUUAGUGCAUAUCUUAUUAAGAGCAUCCAUCUUCCUAUACCUCUCCCUAUGCACAAUACAGAGCUGGUCUUCACUCGACUCCCCGCCCUCCCACACAUUUCACUAUACAAAGCUAGCCUUCCAUCACCUCUCCAUAUCCACAGUUCAGAGCCAGUCUUACUUCACCUCUUUCCAAACACUUUUCAGAACCCACCUUCACUCAACUCUCCCCAUCCAUUCUACAGAAUUGGUUUUCCCUCGUACCCAUCCGCUAUAUACUGUACUAGUGCAGGACUUCCCAUACACGGUAAAAUGUGCACUAUCUGGAAUACUGUAUGAUUGAGAUACUUCCUUCCCAUUAUUCCAAGGAUAUAUUAAUUAAAACCCUCUUUUAUCCCACCCAGUUUUAGCAGAACUUCUCCAUCCCUUUUACUUUCUAUUGUCUAUGUUUUAGUGUGAACAUUUCUAUGUUAUUAAUGUGUAAAGUGUCAUUCAUUGAACCAUGCAUAUUGAGCAUCUGGCCUUAUACAUUCUUCAACACUACUUCCGAUUACACAUUAAUUGGUCCUGUUGGUAGCUGAAUCACUGCACCUUGCUCAUAAAACAACUUGCUGGAGGAACUCAGUGGGCCAAGCAGCAAGUGUGACGUGAAAGGAAUUAUCAAAAGUUUUGAGUCGAGGCCCAAAAUAUCAACAAUUUUUCCCCCACCCCAAAAGAAUUGCUUGACCCACUGAGUUCUUCCAGGAGAUUAUUUAUUACUCCAGAUUCUCACAUCAGCAAUCUCAUGUCUCAAGACAUCAUCCUGAUCCCAUUUUUUUUCUUAAAUACUGAAAUUUUCUGUUUUUUCAUUCCACCUGUUUUCACAGAAAGCCUCCACAUCACCCCCUGUCUGUCUUGGCUUUCUAACUUUAUGAACUCCAAAUUGUGGUCUUGAGUACUAAACCUGACAUGGGAUGGCAAACCUUAAGAAAUUGGAGCAGUCAAAGGAGCAGAAUUAGGCCAUUUGACCCAUCGUCUGCACCACCAUUCAGUCAUGACUGAUGCUUUCUACCCCCUUCAGUCCCACUCCCCAGCCUCCUCUCCGCAACCUUUGAUGCCAUAGCCAAUCGAGAACCUAUCAAUCUCCACCUUGAGUACACCCAACAAGUUAGCCUCCACAGCUGCCUGUGGUAACAAAUUCACAGCCCUCUGGCUAAAGAAAUACCUCUACAUCUGUUUUAAAUGGAUGCCCCUUUAUCCUGAGGCUGUAUCCUCUUGUCUUAGACUUCCCCCUCCAUGGGAAACAUCCUGUCCACAUCUACUCUGUCUAGCCCUUUCAACAUUUGAAAGGUUUCAAUGAAAUCCCCACUCAUUCUUCUAAAUACCAGUGAGUACAGGCCUAGAGCCAUCAACCUUCCUCAUACAAUAACCCUUUCAUUCCUAGAAUCAUCCUUGUGUACCUCAUCUGAACCCUCUCCAAUGCCAGUACCUCUGGCCCAAAAUUGUUCACAACACUCAAAGGUAAGUUACUACCUAUAAAGCUAAAAUCUGAAACUUACUUCCCAAACUCAAGACUCUUUAAUCUCUUUAUAAUUGUUGAACAGAAAUCAGAGUGGAUUGGUUAUUGUAUUUAAAAAAAAACUCAGAUGUUCUUCAACGUCCUGAGGAACAAACUUUGAUUGUGUUACUCAGGACGCUGCUGCUUUCCAACUUCUCUAAUGUGUGCUCAUUGUUCAGUUUCCUACUUUUAACUCAUUACUUGCCAAGAAUGUAAAAACAAGAUUCCUUGCAUCCUAUAAGUAACUAGCUCUUUGAAACAUCCAGUGAGCCUUGGUCAUCUAUCUCCUCUCAUUCAUUGUAACUUCACUGGGUUUCACCUACCCCACAGAUCUUUUAGUCUAUUUCCUCAUUUCAAGCAAACAGAAGACCAGCUAAUAGCCAGUAUAGGGAUUUCUGGAGAUAUUAUGCCCAUCCCUGUACUUAUUUCAAUAACCAGACAACUGGGGUAACAGAAGCAUGGAAAUAGUAGCUUUGGUUCAUAUGUGCACCUAAAACAGACUGCACACCUCUGUUUAAAAAAGAUUGCCCUCUCUAUCCUUUCCCGUCACUUGUCUGGCAGAAACUAUAUGGGUGAAAAUCAGCUUGUGAUGUCAACUUGUUGCAAAAGUUGCUGUGGUUUGGCAUUUACUUGUCUCUUUAAAAAAAUGUACAUCCAUUCAAUAUGGCUCAGAGUAUAUAAUUCCCAGUAUACCAGUGAGUCACAAGAUUGUAAUAAGCAACCUCUGAAAACUUUGACUGACCCAAACAAUAAUCUACUAGCCAAUCCUAGUGUAAGGUAGUGAUUGAAGUCACCCUGUCAUAUAGAUUGGGACACGGUACACAUCCUUCCAAGGUCUUCUCUAUUGUCACAAUCAGGCCAUUCUGGUUGGAGAAGCAACAUCUUACACUGUGUCUGGGUAGGUACCAGUCUGAAAGCAUGAAUACCAAUUUCUUUUAACUUCCAAUAAUUUCUCCCCCCCCCCACCCCGCUUUUUUCCAUUCAGUAUUCUGGCUCCCCUCUCACCCUGUUUCUUCUCACUGGCCCAUCACCUUCAUCUACUGUCCUUUCCUUUUUCCCAUGGUCCAUUCUUGUCUCCUGUCAAAUUCCUUCUUCAGCCCUUUACGUCUUAACCCUGUCAUCUCCCAGCUUCUCACUUAAUCCCUCUCUCCCACCCACCAAACUUCUCCCUCACCUGCCUUUGCCUAUCAUUUGCCAGCUUGUAACUCUUUUUCCCUCCCUCACCUUUUUCUAUCUUCUAACCCCUUCCUUUCCAGUCCUGAUGAAAGGGUCUUGGCCCAAAUCAUUGACUGUUUAUUUCUCUGUAGAUGCUGUGUAGCUUGCAGAGUUCCUCUAGCAUUUUGUGUUUGUUUCUCUGCCCUGGGGGUAUCACCAGACUGGUGUGUCCUUUCUUGAAUAAGGAGAUUUAGAGUGGUACACAGCAUUCCAGCUGCUAUCUCUCUGCAUCCCUGCAUCAUAGUAGAAAGACAAUCUGUAUUUCUGUAAUGAAAUCCUUUUGCAAUAAGUCAUGUGCAGUCUCACAUUUUUCAAAAAGGCAUACUCCAGUUCCCUAGCUUUUCCUACCAAAGUGGAUGACCUCAUAUUUUUCCAAGUUAUCUACCUGCCAUAUACAUGCCCAUUAUGCUCUUUAUGUCCCUGGAAGCUGUUCUGUAUUUCCUCACUACCACUGAGCUAUUCACCAGUAAUUGUUCCCACGGUGGAGGAGGAGUCGGUGUUUGCUGAGUAUUUGUUCCGGGGGGGGGGGAGGGGGCAGAGUCUGUACCUGAUGGCAAGAUAAGGCUGUUGGAAUUUCAUGGCAUUGACGAUUGCCUGUAGUUUAUUGUGAUGAACAAUAAGUUUGCUGACAGAGGAAUGGAUUCCAGGCUGCACAGUUCUAGUUGGUGACAACAGCCACCAACUGGAGGAGAGGUUGACAUCAGUCAGAGAGGUGGGGGUGUGGAUAUCAUCAUGACUGUGGGGUGCAGGUUGGGGGUGAAAGUGGUCUUGACCCAUGAUGUGAGCAAAGGCAGUGGAUACAACAGAGUUUGGAACUCAGAGGAUAGGGUAAGCAUUGGACCUAGUUUAUAAAAUUCUUAUGAAAUGGGUUUUUAGAGCAUUUCAUGAUUGAGCCCACUAGGGGAUCAGCUACUCUGGAUUGGGUGUUGUGCAACGAACUGCAAUUGAUUAGAGAGCUUAAUGUAAAAGAACCCUUGGGGCCAGUGAUCAUAAUAUGAUUGAAUUCAUCCAGAAAUUUGAAAAAGAAAAGAUAAAGUCAGAUGUAUCAGUAUUACAGUGGAGUUUUUUUCUUUUUUGUAAUUUUUUUUAUUGAAGUUCAUCAAACAUUUCCAUAAGAUGUAUUUCGGACAUUGUACAUAUAUAUCAUAUAUGUCACAAAUCUCCACAAAGUAUUUAUCUGAGGUAUACACUUAUAGAAAAGAGCAGAAAGAAAAAACAAGCAAAAGGAAACAACUAUGUACAAGUAGGGAGUGAUCUUUUUUUACAACACAUUCAUUGAUUUGUGAGAAUAAAAUCAGGCCUAUGAGCCAUUAUGUAGUUAAACCAUUUUUCCUAGUAUGAAUCAAAUUGUUCCAGCUGAUGAUUAACAGAUGCUGUUGGGCUCUCCUGUGAUAACCAGUUCCUAGUAAGAGUCUUUUUACCAGCCACCAACACUAUAUUCAUUAAAUAUUUAUCUCUUUUCAACCAUUCUUGAGGUAUAUAUCCAAAAUAUAUGGUCUUACUCUCUAAGGGUAUUUCACAUUUAAAGAUGUCUUGCAGGGCAUUGUGUAUCCCCCUCCAAUAGUCUUUGAUAAUGGGGCAGUCCAAAAAAAUAUGAUAAUGAUUUGCAUUUUAAUUUCCACAAUUUCUCCAGCAAACAGGGAGGUUACUAUCAUAAUGGGAUUACAGUGAAGUUAAAGAAAUUACAGAAGCAUGAGAGAGAAGUUGGUUAAAAUUGAUUGGAAAAGAACUGAGCAGCAAAGGUGGAAUUUCUGGAAGCAGUUGGGAAGGCACCAGAUAUAUACAUCCCAAAGAGGAAGAACUGUUCCAAAGGCAGAAAGACACAACCAUGGCUAACAAGAGAAGUUAAAGCCAGAGAGAAGGCAUAUAAUAGAGCAAAAAUUAGUGGGAGGUUAGAGGACUGGGAAGUUUUUAAAAACCAACUAAAGAAAUCAUUAAGAAGGAAAAGUACAAAAGUAAGCUAGCCAAUAAUAUUAAAGAGGAUACUAAAAAAAAGAUACAUAAAGAGUAAAAGCAAGGUGAGAGUGGAUAUCAGACCACUGGAAAGCGAUGCUGCAGAGGUAGUGAUGUGGGGGAAAAAAUUAUGGACAAACGGAUUAAGUAUUUUGCAUCAGUCUUCACUGUGGAAGACACUAGUGGUAUGGUGGAAGUUCUAGAGUGUCAAGGGUCAGAAGUGUGUGAUAUCACCAUUACUAGGGAGAUGGUUCUUGGGAAACUGAAAGGUCUGAAGGUAGAUAACUCGCCUGGACCAGAUGGUGUACACCCCAGGGUUCUGAAAGAGGUGGCUGAAGAGAUUGCGGAGGCAUUAAUAAUGAUAAUUCAAGAAUCAAUAGAUUCUGGAGUACUGGAAAAUUGCAAAUAUCACUCCACUCUUCAAGAAGAUAGGGAGGUAGAAAAAAGGAAAUUAUAAGCCAGUUAGUCUGACCUCUAUGUUUGGGAAGAUGUUGGAGUCGGUUGUUAAGGAUAUGGUUUCAGAUUACUUGGAGGCACAUAAUAAAAUAGGCCCUAAUCAGCCUGGUUUCCUCAAGAGAAAACCUUGCCUGACAAAUCUGUUGGAAUUCUUUGAAGAAAUAACAAGCAGGACAGUUCAUGUUGUGUACUUAGAUUUUCAGAAGGCCUUUGACAAGGUGUCACACAUGAGGCUGCUUAAGUUAAGAGCCCAUCAUGUCACAGAAAUGAUUCUAGCAUGAAUAAAGCAGUAGCUGAUUAUCAGGAGGCAAAGAGUGUGAAUAAGGGGAGCCUUUUCUUAUCGGCUGUCAGUGAUUAGUGGUGUUCCACAGGAGUCUGCAUUGGGACCACGUUUUAUGUUAUAUGUCAAUGACUUGGAUGAUGGAAUUGAUGGCUUUGCUGAAAAGUUUGUGGAUGAUGUGAAGAUGGGUGGAAGGGCAGAUAGUUUUGAGGAAGUAGAGGCUACAGAAAGACUUAGACAGAUUAGGAGAAAGGGCAAAGAAGUGGCAGAUGAAAUACAGUGUCAGGAAAUGUAUAGUCAUGCACUUUAGUAAAAGAAAAGAAAGGUAGACUAUUUUCUAAAUGGAGAGAAAUUUCAAAAAACUGAGGUGCAAAGAGACUUGGGAGUUCUUGUGCUGGAUUCCCUAAAGAUUAAUUUGCAGAUUGAGUCUGUGGUGAGGAAGGCAAAUACAAUGUUAGCAUUCAUUUCAAGAGGACUAGAAUAUAGUGAUGUUGAGGCUUUAUAAAGCACUUGGGAGGCCUCACUUGGAGAAUUUUGAGCAGGUUUGGGUCCCUUUACUUAGAAAGGAUGUGCCAACACUGGGGAGGGUUGAAAGGAGGUUCAAAAAAGGAUUCCAGUAUUGAAUAGCUUGCAAUAUGAAGAGUGAUGGCUCUGGGCCUGUAUUCACUAGAAUUCAGAAGAAAGAGGGAGGACCUAAUUGAAACUUAUCAAAUGUUGAAAGGCCUUGAUAGAGUGGUGGGAGAAUAUUGGACCAGAGGUCACAGCCUCAGAAUAGAGGGGCAUCCUUUUAGAACAGAGAUGAGGAGGAAUUUCUUUAGCCAGAGUCUGGUGAAUCUGUGAAAUUCGUUGCCUCAGGCAGUUGUGGAAGCUAAGUCUUUAUGUAUAUUUAAGCCAGUGGUUGAUAGGUUCUUGAUUGAUCAGGGCAUGAAGGGAUAAAGAGAGAAGGCAGGAGACUGGGGCUGAGAGGAAAAUUGAAUUGGCCAUGAAAAAAAUGGCAGAGCAGAUUCAAUGGGCCAAAUGGCCUAAUCCUGUUCCUAUAUCUUAUGGUCUAAAUAAGUUCAAAAUUGUUAGUCAGAGUAGUGAUGGAGGGUUGGGAGGAGAGAUGAUGGGAACUAUUGUCCUGUGCCUUUAUAGGGUUCAAAGUAAUGACCUUAUCAAAAAGAAAGGCUGCCUCGCACUGAAAAUAAGGUGCUGGAUCUUAGAAGUUGUUCCUUGUAGUUAACACAAUGAAACCUGACAGCACUUGUAGCUCUUCAAGGCUGCCCUUGACCAGAGAGAUGAACAAAGCCACUCCAUCUCAGGAGCAUCGUGGAGAAAGCUAAUCGCAUCCCCUACAUUUCAUUCAGAUAUACCCUUCACUUCAAGGGUGCUCUCCAGAACAUUGUACACAGGUGCACGGGUGUUGCACAAUCCAGCAACAGCACAUCCUGGAGCCCCAGAGCCAGAUGACCCACAGUGAUGGGAGGAAGAGAGAAACAACCAGGUGAAGACCCAGCGCCACACAAUAUAAUCUCCAUCUCCCAUCAGGGAGAAGGUUAUGUAGCAUCCACGCGAGGACCACCAGAUUCAAAAGCAGUUACUUCCCCCAAGCAGUAAGGCUGAUCAACACCUCUAUCUGGUAACCCACCACUCCACACCCCUGAUCACCACUUUAUCAUUUCCUGUUAACAAUCACCAAUUUACAGACACUCUUGUGCUAGCAUCACUUUAUGGACAUACAAAAAUCUAUGUAUAUUAGCUAUCUUAUGUAUUUACAAUAUUGUGUUUCUUUUAAAAUUGUUGUGUUCUUUAUGUUAGUGCAUUUUUUACGUUGCAUCGGAUCCAGAGUAACAAUUAUUUUGUGCCCCUUUAUACAUGUACUGGAAAUGACAUUAAACAAUCUUGAAUCAG